UUAUGAAUAUACAAAGUGACAACAGAGAAAAUAGUCAAACAAACUUGACUACUUUAAUUUUGAACAUUCAUUAAAAUAAAUUUAUAAAUGGAUAUUCAAGUUGGAGAUAUCGUUUUGCCAGGAGAUGAAAUAUUACUGCCAUUAUUGGAUCAUCCAAAAAAGAUGAAAGUCUUAUUGGGUCCCGGACUUCGACAACAAGACGGUAAAGUGUUCGCCUGUAAAGCCGGUAUUCUAAAACAAAAAUCAGUCAACACUUUUUGGGUGGAUGCGAUACAGAAACGAUAUAUUCCAAGCAAAGGUGAAACAGUAAUCGGAUUGGUUAUUCAGAAAGCCGGCGAUAUAUUUCGUGUUGAAAUUGGUUCAAAUGAAUAUGCUACUCUGUCAUAUUUGGCGUUCGAAGGUGCAACAAAAAAAAAUCGGCCAGAUGUGAAUGUUGGUGACAUAGUGUUUGCUAAACUACUAGUUGCGCACAAAGAUUUCGAAUCUGAACUUAUUUGCGUCGAUUCAUUGGGGAAAAAACAGAAAUUAGGUUUAUUACGUGAUGGAUUUGUAUUCAACUGCAGCAUUAAUUUGAGUAGACGUUUACGUAGCAAUGAAUGUCCGCUUUUGGAAUCAAUUCAAAAACAUAUCCAAAUUCCAGUCGAAAUAGUUGUUGGUAUGAAUGGCCGUAUUUUC